AAGAUGUAAUAUAGACUAAGUGGACCAAAACUGUAUUUUCUACGAAUUUAUUUUCGUAUUAUGUAAUAAUAUUUUUAAUGGGACCAAAAUAUAUAUACAAACCUUUUUGUACAGUUGAUAUUUUCCUACUAAACUAAUGCCUAUUUCAUUUAACCGCGGGAAUGUAAGAAAAGCCUUUCGGACAAGAGGAAGAUCAGCUCAUUCCUUUGAUGCCAGUGGACCUCGCAUCGAUAAUGCUGCCGACGGUGAUGAUCGUCAAUUUCUACAGAUAAGACCAGCUUUAGCUGAUCCCCGCGAGCGAUCAACUUUGCAACGCUCAAACACUACAUUAUUAGGCAAUUCCUACGAUGGGAAAGACGAUGUUGUCAAUUUGCAAGCAGUGGGAGAGGGUAAAGUGCAACUUUUUCGUACGCCACAAGAGAAAGAACGAUUGCCAGAUAGAAUUAGUCUCGAUAGGCGGGGUCUCUCUUCGAUUCCAAACAUAGUCGGAGAGCCCGAUUUGCGUUUAUUAUCUCUCCAACACAACCUCAUAAACAGCUUACUGGGACUCUCCGGCCUAGAUCUCGUGAAAUUAGUGUUCCUAGAUGUUUACGAUAACCAAAUAGACAAAAUAUGUUCAUUAGAUAGACUUUUUAGCUUACGAGUCCUUUUAAUGGGAAAGAACAGGAUCAAAAGAAUAGAAGGACUGUCCAAUCUCAUUAAAUUAGAAGUUCUCGAUCUGCACGGCAAUAGAAUAAUGAAAGUAGGCGGUUUAUCGAACCUCAGCGAGUUAAAAGUGCUCAAUUUAGCUGGUAACCAAAUUAAAUGUAUAGGACAGAGUGAUCUACAAGGUUUAAUAUCGUUGAGGGAAUUAAAUCUUAAACGAAAUCGACUACGAAAACUGCUCGGAUUUCAGAACACAACGAAAUUACAAAAACUGUAUUUGGGCAACAAUGAUUUACAGAGCAUUGAGGACGUCGCAUCAGUGGCUGAAGCGACAUCACUCGAAGAAGUGUCACUCGAUAGUAAUCCUGUAGCAUUGGGCGGAGACUGCACGCCGUUUCUAGUCUCGUAUUUACCGAACCUCGUGACCCUCACAAACAUGAAUGUCACUGAACAGGUCCGCAGAGCAGCAACGGCUUGGAGAAGCAACAAAGAAGCAGCUCAUGCAGCAUACUGUGCUUUAAGUGGAUCAGCGCAGCAAGCGGCCCGGAGGGAUCAGAUAAUACAUAAUGCUAGGACUAACUGGGAACUGCUGAGGACCGAAAAUAAAUGUUUUUCCAAUACGCCUAGUCCGUCCAAACACGAUGAAAUAGGAAAGGAACUGCUUAGUCAAGUUGCCAAUUUAGAAACACAAAACGAUAGCACACAAACCAUAGAAACGGUAGUUGUCCCGGAUAUCAUUGCAUCCACACAACACGUAGAUGCAGUGCUUUCUGAUAGCAAAAAUAAUUCUAGUGAUACUAAUAUAAGACAUAAUAUUUCCGAUACUCGAAAUACGGAACCAAACCUCCUGCGUAAGCUACAAAGAAGUUCCACAGCACGAAAGUUGUCGGAAAAACGGGUAAACUUCUCAGACAGAAGUGCUUCCCAAGAAACUGACGCGUCUCAUUCCACAUCAACCAGUAGUGAUCUACGAUUGCCACCCAUAUUGCUCCCUAUUAUAUCAUCAUUAGAAAAUGUCAAAUUAGCAGAUGGUACAGAACCUAUACUGAAACGUUGGGAAAGUAUGUCUAGCAUGGAACCCGUUGGAGAUUCGCCUUUCAGUUCGUUACAGUCUUCCAGUGAUUCAGAAGAUGAGGCUGGAAAGAAACAACUCAGACGCGUCCCUACUGUUUUAAGAAGGAAAGACUUUGGCUCCGUACGUUCAAAGUCUGUCUGCGAUCCCGAAAAUCAAAGAAAUAAAUCUGCAGGCAAACAAAAUGACACAACUAGCAAUAUUUCAGGUAUUACAAAUCCUGAUUCUGUAAUGACGUCAACUUCGUCCAGCAGCGAAAACAAUAGCAAAAUGUUACGUCGACAAGGAUCACUCAAUAGCAAGCUGGGCAAAAGGAAUAUCCGCAGUGCAACCAUAACACGAAGAAAUGAAAGAGCUUCAUCCGCUAAUCGCGCGGCUACUGCGAGACCCAAACCAGUAAAAAAUUUAGCAAACCUGAAAUCUUCGGAGCCUGUGCCGAAGCAGAUGCCAGUUUCGAAGGACAGAGAACAAGGCGUGGACUAUUUGGUGGAGGUAGGAGAUGGUUUAGUGAGUGCCUGGGGUGCUGGAGCGAUACGGCGCCUGGCAAGAGAUUGGGAAUGGGAUCGAGCACGGACAGUCACGCGGGCUGCCUUUCAUUACAUGCACUUUAAUGCAGUAGCACAGUGCCUACCGGAAUUGAAAGAAAAGUUUCCAAACAUCGUUCACAUUUCGGUGCGUGCGACUGGUUUACAGUACUUUGGACAGUUACAUGCGUUAGCUGAACUGCGGGGCAUUACAGGAAUAACCGUAAUUCCUGAAGGCAAUCCUAUAUCCCUGAAGAGUUGGCGGGAGUACGCCGUCUAUAGACUAGCACAUUGGGGCUUAAAAGACAUUAAUGAAGAACAGAUCACUGAUGAAGAGAUAAAACAAGCGAAUAUAACAUACAACGGCCUUAGUGAUAUGGUCCUUCGAGCAUUGCCUGAUGCACCACUGCAGCCAUUAUUAUCUAGAUUAGGGAAAAGUGGAAAUACUUCAAUAAGCGCCAAAGCCUGGUUGAGAAAUGCUGAUCCAGCCCUCAGAGACGUCAUCGCUAAAGAAGCUUUGCAGUACAAAAAGGGACAUAUUUCGCAGGAAGAGAUGAGCUGGCGAGUCCGUGGUCGGGGUCAGCUGUCCCAUGCCAUAGAGUUAGCUUGUGGAGCAGCACAGCGUUUACGCACGUUGGAGCUCCAAUGGCCGAGCAUAUUCAUAGAAAUGAUAGAGGAGGUGCUACAAGACUUCUCAGACAUGGAAUCCCAUGUCAAAGAACAGUUGCGGUCGCUUUUCGAUUCCUUGUGAUUAAAAAACAGUUCCAUUUUCGACAGUUGUACGUACUAAGUAAAAGUUUGUUAUAAAGGUAAUCUGGAAAGUCUCGAAGAUAACCUAUCAGCGAGUAUUUUGUUAGCCAGGCACCACCAUGACGAACCUACUUAAUGUGGACAAAUUUUGCAGCGGUCUCUAGACGGCAUCAUUAAGCCGUUAAUUAUGCCGUCUAGAGCCCGCUGCACACAUUGGCCCAACGUGUAGAGUACGGAAUGUCGCUUCCAAGUCUCAACUUAUGGCGAACCUAAGUAGGUCUCUACACGAUAGCCCAAUGCGCUGGCUCAAUAUGUACAGCAGGCUUUAACUUGGCAUAACCCGACUAAACGUUUGACUGCUACGCAUAAAAAUCAAUAUCUAUAAUGAUGGGAGUUGGGACUUGGAACCUUUAAUUGUUUACAGUGUAAAAAUAAAUAGUUACCGCUGCAGUGUCGUCAGACCGAAGCGAGAAUAAGUAGUUUAGGGAAUUAAAACAAGUUGCUCAAUAGUUAAUAGAAUCAAGACGCCAACCAGUAUGAAAAUCAAGUUAC